AUGGCCCAACAGUACGGAUACGGCGGAAGACAGAACCCCUACGACCAGCGGGACAAUGGUUACGGGGCCCCCGCGCGGCAGCAAGGCGGGUAUACCCAAGGCUCACCCUUUGGAGGGGGCCGUGGCUACGACGAUGGCUACUCGGGCGGCAACGUCGAGAUGGCUCCCCUCGCACAAAACGCCAGCUCCAUGGGCGGCGGCGACCCCAAUGGCAUCCUGAACGAGUGCAGAGACAUUGAUCGCGGCGUCGACGAGGUGGACCGGAACCUGGAGCAGCUCCGCAUGCUCCAGCAGCGGACUCUGGAUGACGCCGACAGCUCGGCCUCGAGCGCCAACAACCGACAGCUCGAUGCCCUCACCUCCGAGACCAUGGCCUUGUACCGCAGCCUCACCGAGCGCGUCCGGCUCAUGAAAUCCAACCCCGACUCCCGCACCCCCAAGAACAAUCCCCAGGUCAGCCGCGUCGAUCGCAGGCUCAAGGCCGCCAUCCAGCAGUACCAGCAGAUCGAGUCUCAGUUCCGCAAGCGCACACAGGACCAGAUGGCCCGCCAGUACCGCAUCGUGCGCCCCAACGCGUCAGAGGACGAGGUCCGAGCCGCAGUCGAGGACACGAGCGGCGGCCAGGUCUUCAGCCAGGCCCUGAUGCAGAGUGACAGGCAAGGACGCGCGCGCGCCGCCCUGACGGCGGUGCAGGACCGCCACACGGCCCUGGUCAAGAUCGAGCAGCAGAUGGUGGAGCUGGCGCAGCUGUUCCAGGACAUGGACACGCUGGUCGUGCAGCAGGAAGCCGCCGUGAUGCAGAUCGAGCAGAAGGGCGAGGAGGUGGUCGAUAACCUGGAUAAGGGCAACCAAGAGAUUGGCACGGCCGUCGACACGGCCCGCAAGACGCGGAAGAAGAAGUGGUGGUGCCUGGGCAUCUGCGUGCUCAUCAUCAUCAUUGUCAUCAUCAUCGUGCUCGUCUACAUCUUUGUCAUUCGCGGAACCAACAACAGCAAUGGCGGCGGCAACAAGAGCAGCAGCAAGCGCAGCCCCAUCGAGGAGAUGGCCGCCGUGGUCGAGCCCGUCAUCAAGACGCUCCCCGCGAUGCGCCCACGUGAAGCCGACAUGGGCGCCCAGUCCAACUCGAUUGACCAGAACGCCGCGAGUGAGAUGUCCCGCAUCAUGCGUCAGCGCCUCCACCUCCCGCAGAUACCGCAAUAG